GCUUUCCCCUGCAAAAGAGGAAGAAGGUGAAGCCAGGGGACUCUGGGCAGAGAAAGAAAGGGGAAAGAAGCAACAGCAAGAGCAGCAAAUCAGGAGAAUUUCUUGCAGAAGGGAAAGUAGAACUCCAGAGGAGAUCGGUGAUAUUUGAAGAGAGGUGUGUGUGAGGGAGCAGUGAGUAGAAGGCAGGCAGCCUGUCAGAAAGGGCUGUCCCUCCCCUUCCUAAGCACAGCCUUUACUCACAGACAAACUCCCUCCCUCUCUCAUUCACUCACUCACUUAGGGCCAAUCACUCCCUCUCUCUUCCUCUCCCUCUCUCUCUCUCCCUCUCUCUCUCUCUUUCCCUCCUUCCCUCCCUCCCUCUCUCCCUCUCCCUCUCCCCCUUCUCUCCCUCUCUCUUCUCUCCCCCUCUCUCCUCUUUCCCAGUCUCUCUUUCCCUCCCAUCCAUUCUCUGUCUCUGUCUGUCUCCCCCCCCAACCCUGUCUCUCCCUCCCUCCCUCCAUCCCUCCCUCCCUCCCUCCCUCCUUCUCUUUUACUGGGAGACAGUCAGAACUCUCCUCCCUGACAGCUACAAACCUACAGCACUGACUGCAUUCAGAGAGGGAACCUGCAAACAAAACUUCACAGAAAACUUUUUGUUCUUGUUCCAGAGAAUUGACUGAAGAGGAGAAAGAAAAAAAAAAAACCCAAAAAGGAAAAAAAAAAAAAAAAAAAAAAAAAAAAACCUGUGCGUGAGUGGGGGGGAGGAAAAGCAGAGCCUUUAAAAAGGGCAAUCACAACAACUUUUGCUGCCAGGAUGCCCUUGCUUUGGCUACGAGGAUUUUUGUUGGCGAGUUGCUGGAUUAUAGUGAGGAGUUCCCCCACCCCGGGAUCCGAGGGGCACAGUGCAACCCCCGACUGCCCGUCCUGUGCGCUGGCCACCCUCCCAAAGGACGUACCCAACUCUCAGCCGGAGAUGGUGGAGGCCGUCAAGAAGCACAUUUUAAACAUGCUGCACUUGAAGAAGAGACCCGAUGUCACCCAGCCGGUACCCAAGGCGGCGCUUCUGAACGCGAUCAGAAAGCUUCAUGUGGGCAAAGUCGGGGAGAACGGGUACGUGGAGAUAGAGGAUGACAUCGGCAGAAGGGCAGAAAUGAAUGAACUUAUGGAGCAGACCUCGGAGAUCAUCACGUUCGCGGAGUCAGGCACAGCCAGGAAGACGCUGCACUUUGAGAUUUCCAAAGAAGGCAGUGACCUGUCCGUGGUGGAGCGUGCGGAAAUCUGGCUCUUCCUGAAAGUCCCCAAGGCCAACAGGACCCGGACCAAAGUCACCAUCCAUCUUUUUCAGCAGCAGAAGCACCCGCAGGGCGGCUGGGACGCAGGGGAGGAGGCCGAGGAAGUGGGCUUAAUGGGGGAGAGGAAUGAAGUGUUGAUAUCAGAGAAGGUGGUGGAUGCUCGAAAGAGCACCUGGCACAUCUUCCCCGUCUCCAGCUGCAUCCAGCGGUUGCUGGACCAGGGCAAGAGCUCCCUGGACAUUCGGAUUGCCUGUGAUCAAUGCCACGAGACCGGCGCCAGCCUGGUGCUGCUGGGCAAGAAGAAGAAGAGAGAAGAGGAGGGGGAAGGGAAGAAAAGGGACGGAGAAGGAGGGGCGGGAGGGGACGAGGAGAAGGAACAGUCGCACAGACCUUUCCUCAUGCUGCAGGCCCGCCAGUCUGAAGACCACCCUCACCGGCGCCGGCGGCGGGGCUUGGAGUGUGACGGCAAGGUCAACAUCUGCUGUAAGAAACAGUUCUUUGUUAGUUUCAAGGACAUUGGCUGGAAUGACUGGAUCAUCGCUCCCUCUGGCUAUCACGCCAACUACUGCGAGGGUGAGUGCCCCAGCCACAUAGCAGGAACGUCGGGCUCAUCCCUGUCCUUUCACUCGACGGUCAUCAACCACUACCGCAUGCGGGGUCACAGCCCCUUUGCCAACCUCAAGUCGUGCUGUGUGCCCACCAAGCUGAGACCCAUGUCCAUGUUGUACUAUGAUGAUGGGCAGAACAUCAUCAAAAAGGACAUCCAGAACAUGAUUGUGGAGGAGUGUGGGUGCUCAUAGAGCACUCAGCCCAGGGGGGAAUGGGAGCAAGACGGUCCAGAGAAGACAGUCGUGACAUGAAGACAUGUUUAAGGUUUCCGACUGAAACAACCAGAAGAAUAGAAAUU